AUGACCCUAACCCUUGAAGUGUGUGUGGACAACUUUGAAUCGGUGAAAGCCACCGUUGAUGGUGGCGGAAAGCGAGUCGAGUUGUGUAGCUCACUUUUGGAUGGUGGGCUAACACCUAGCAUUGGCCUGUUGAAGCAUGUCAAGAAGGUGUACCCAUCUCUGGUUGUCUUUGCAAUGAUCCGUCCUCGAGGAGGUGACUUUUGCUAUGAUUCCGAUGAGUUGCAAAUCAUGGCAUCUGACAUUGAACUGCUGAAAGAGGCCGGUGCUGACGGAUUUGUCUUUGGCUGUCUCACAGCGGACGGGUCAGUUGACAAGAAGGCCAACAGCUUUCUUUUAAAGAAAUCAUCACCUUUGCCAUGCACCUUCCACCGAGCAUUCGACAUGACCCGGGAGUUUCAGCAGUCACUGGAGAGCGUCAUUGAAUUGGGCUUUAAACGAAUUCUCACAAGCGGGCAUGCGAAAAAUGCAGCCGACGGCAUUGAGGAGAUUUGCCAGCUGGUCGAGUUGGCUCGUGGCCGUAUUAUCAUCAUGCCUGGCUCUGGCGUGAACGCCAGCAAUUUGGCAGCAAUUCUCAACCAGUGCAAAGCACGUGAAUUUCACAGCUCUGCCAGUGCACUACGUGACUCGACUAUGGCGUACCGUAACCCCAAAAUCAACAUGGGCUCAAACUCGUCAGAGUUUGCCUGGAAAGUAGCGGUCGUCGAUAAGGUUCGAGAGUUGAUUGAGAUAUCAAGCAAACUUCAUUAA